GAGGAGGAGGAGGAGGAGAGACUGGGAAUGAGUUGGAGACAGACACAGCCCUCCGCGCACACAGAUACGCUGCUGGAGACAGACAGGGGGAGGCGGCGGCGGCGGCAGGAGGAGGAGGAGGAAGAAGAGGAGGAAGAAGAGGAGGAGGAGGAGAAAGAGAGGAGGAAGAGGAGAGGAGAAGGAAAGGAGGAGGAGGAAGAGCAGGAGGAUCAUCUGCAUUUAUAACAUCCAGCUGCCAUAUUCCAUUUGGGCCAGUUUCAAGAACAAACAUCAGUAUGCAUGCAAUUUGUAAGGUCCAGAUUAGAGUGGGGAAGUAUGGGAUAAAGAUGCAGGUAGCAGAGAGAAAGUGAGCGUGCUUGAGGGGAAAGACAAGCCCAAGAGAAAAGACAAGGCAGAAAGCAAUUGAACAUCCCAAGUGGCUGCAACCCAAGGAAAGGAUGCUGGCUACCCAAUGGUUCAUUAGAACUACAUUUUAGAAAGGGAAACAAUCUCAGCAGGACAACUUCCGUGGCUUCCUGAUUCACCAUGGCUUUGAUUCUCUGGUUGGACGGCUGAAACCAUUGUGUGUCCAAUACUUGUUUUUUGUCUCUGGCCGGUCUCCUGGUACCAUCUGCUCACAGGAUCUGGUGAGAAUCAUAUGCUACCAAAGGUUGCAAUCCGGAGAGAGAUGGACUCCGACAAGCUAAAAUGGAAGUAACUUGACAGCUUCAAUCCCUCCAGUUGCCUCUUGUAAGGACAAGUUAAGAGUGGGAACACAAACGUGUCUGGGAGAGCAGUAUGCAGGAAGCUGGUUUUCAGGCCACAAACGCUUUCACAGAGUGCAAAUUCACCUGCACCAGUGGUAAAUGCUUGUAUCUUGGCUCGCUGGUCUGUAACCAACAGAACGAUUGUGGGGAUAACAGUGAUGAAGAGAACUGUCUACUAGUAACUGAACAUCCUCCUCCUGGCAUCUUCAACUCUGAACUGGAGUUUGUCCAGAUCAUUAUCAUCAUUGUUGUGAUUACGGUGAUGGUUGUGGUGAUCAUUUGCUUGUUGAAUCACUACAAGCUCACAACACGGUCCUUCAUCAAUCGGCAGAGUCAAAACAGGAGGCAAGAAGACACUUUGCAGCCGGAAGGGUGCUUGUGGCCUUCAGACAGCUCAGGACCACGGCAGGCUGCUUCAGAGAUUAUGUAUGCCCCCCGGACUAGGGACAGAUUUACUGCCCCAUCGUUUAUGCAGAGGGACCGUUUCAGCCGCUUCCAGCCUACCUACCCUUAUGUACAGCAUGAGAUUGAUCUUCCUCCCACGAUCUCCCUUUCUGAUGGGGAGGAGCCUCCACCAUACCAGGGACCCUGUACCCUGCAGCUUCGGGAUCCUGAACAACAGAUGGAACUCAAUCGAGAAUCUGUCAGGGCCCCACCCAACCGAACUAUAUUUGACAGUGAUUUGAUAGAUAUUUCUAUGUACAAUGGGGGCCCAUGCCCACCAAGCAGCAAUUCGGGCAUAAGUGCAACCAACUGUAGCAGUAAUGGAAGGAUGGAAGGACCACCCCCAACUUACAGUGAGGUGAUGGGUCAUUACCCUGGCUCCUCUUUUUUCCAUCACCAGCACAGCAACACCCAGAGGGGAAACAGACUUCAGUUACAGCAGAACAAUUCAGAGAGCACAAUAGUACCUAUCAAAGGCAAAGACAGGAAACCUGGGAAUCUUGUCUGAUUUCCUCUUCUGGGCACUUGAGAGGAAGAAAAGAGAAAUCAGUAGGAGAGAGUCGCCCAUCCUGGCCUGCCUCCUAUGCACAAUGUUUCGAAGUUUUACAUGGUACAUCUGAGUAAAACCAAAUGUGCAAACAUGUUCUUUGUUUCUGAUUCCUUUCAGGGGAAUUGCAUGCAAAGUGGAUUGAAAUAUUACAGACUUCCAUUCAGGUUGACCAUGAACAGUGGCUUUUUUGGGGGGGGGAGGGUUGGGGUGAUUGGAGGGAAGGAAGGAGGGAGAAUACUCUAAAAAAAAAAAACAAACAUAAAAACAAAAUCCAUAAACAUUAUUUGAAUUAUUUAAUUCUAAAAGGAAACUUAGCACAUAAACAAGGCUUCUAGGGCCUCUUUUCUAUUGACUGAAUGGCAGAGAGAAAAGAUGAAAGUAUUACUAUAUGAUCAAGGGGAAGAAUUGGCCAGUUUACUUUUCCUCCCAGGGUGUGGAAUUUUUGUUUUGUUUUGUUUUUGAAAUAUGAAUCAAAAUUACUGUUUUGUGUGCCAAGGUAUAAAGUGGGGAAAUUAGAUGAAUGCAAGGAGUUAAUUUGUGUUGUGAUAAAUGUGUUUUUAAAAGUUGCACUAUCUUACUUAAUGUUAGGAAAAAAAUAUAUAUAUAUCUUUAUAUAUAUAUGAGGGGAAUUGUUUUAUGUGAAGUUUUAUCUGUUGUCUUUUCACCUGUGGAUUAAAUAUUAGGCCCGAGGAACACUCUGGAGGUAUCUGCCCCAUUACCUCAAGAGAAAGGGAGUUGGUUGGUUGGUAGGAUUUGGCCUAAUGUUUAGCAACUUUCUGAAAUCAAGAAAUGUGUAGAGCUCAUCCUUGCAAUAAUAGACAUUAAAAUGACAGAAUAACAUUGAGGUAUCUUGGAGGCUCUUGGAUGGAAGAUAGCAAAAAUUUAAUUCCAGCAUUUCUAACUUACAUAGUUUUAGCUAUUCUUACUACAAUUUUAGACUAAAUAUUUUAUUAAAAACAAAACUGAAAAACCAGACACUAAAUUUCUACGUUAACUUUGAGAAAAUGCUGCCACCUUCUCCUUUGGACAAUUUAAUAUCUGCAGUACAUUAAAAAAAUAAAAAUAAAAAGGCUUUGGAGCUUUUGUCUUCACCAUAGCCAGAGAUAUAUUUAGUCACAUAUUCUGACAAUAUGCAAUAAAUUGCUUGAAAACGCAAGGAUUUGGGGGUUUUUGUUUUUUGUUUAUUAAUAGGUUUGGAUCAUAGGACAGUUUGUUGUUGUUGUUUUUCUGACUCAGCCAGUGUAAAUGAGUAGUCCCUCAAUAGUCAUUCCUCUGACUACCUUCAGCCUAUUCCUUAAAUAGUAUGAGGGAUGCUAGGUGGUCAAGGGGCUUACAUAUUCUUGGAAAACCACAGGAGCUAACUCACCAGACACAACCUGAAUUGUGUAUGUAGUCUUGGUCAAGUCAUUGACUUUCACUAAGAUUGUCCCUCUAGAGUGAAGGAUGCCCUUAUUGUCUCAUCCCUAGGAUUUCACUCAGCAUUCCCCUGACUGAAGGCCACUAACAAAACAGUUGAAGGAUGGAUGUAGUGACUUUGAAAACACAAGAUAAAAGCACAAUAUGCACUCAAAAUGCAAUUAGGAAAUUAAGUUUGAACCAGUAGUGUUAGUCUUAGUCUAAAUAAUACUGAUAUUUACAUGUCUUAUUUCUCACUUCAAAGGGAAAUAAGUCUAUUUUUUCCCAUGGUCUUCAACAAAUUUCUUUCCUGACAGUAGCAGCUGAGUGCACCGUAGAGAAGUACUGUAAUUAUAUUACCCAUCCUGGUUUGGGGAGGUUCAGUUUCUGUGGGACUUCUGCACGUGAGAAAAUGUGACUGAAACCCUGAUUAUUAAAGUGACUAUUUGAUCUAUGCAGAGUUUUAAUGCCAAAUCAGCGUAUGUGUAACUUGUGUUUGCUGUUUGUGAGUCUCUGGAGGUAAUUUUGUUGUGAGAUGACUUUGUGCUAUUCAGGUCUGAACAUGUAAGUAAUUGUAUUAGAAUCUAAAGUCGUUUUGUACUAAUCCUGGCCUGCUUAUUUCUGGAUCCGAAAUGUGACUGAGACAGAGCGAGGAGGUUCUAAUCCUUCUGCUUUUCUCACAGAGCUCUUACUCUUUUUUGGAGGAGUGAGAUGAAGGCAUGUUCCUAGCACAACACAGACAAAAGAGAGGGAGAAUGAUGGGCAGCUUCAUUUCCCAUUAUGCCGGAAAUCCUGACUAGGGAAUGUGCAAAGAGAGAGCAAAUUAAAGAUUCUGAGACCAAAUUCAAUCACAACCUGCACUUUUGGAAUCUUUGAAGAGGCUGCCUCAGAGCGAGCCAUUGAUGCUUACUUAGCAUGUUCCCCCAAGAGUCUUGAUAUGGGACCAGUUUAAAUCUUCCCAUUGCUUUGGAAGUCUCCUGAAAGAUCAAGUCUGUUAAAUAUGCCCCUCAUGCUCCUAGUUCAGAACCCACUUGUUUUGUGUCUAUCAUUUCUAGCUUCCAUGAGCUUUUCUUAAAUGACCUUGGAGCUUCAUCUGUGAAAGAUGCCAAGAAUAAUUUGUCUACUAUAGCAAAAAGCAUAUUCUAAUUGUCAGGUUAGAAUUAGAUAAUUAUUUGUUGUACAAAUAGUGAGCCACUCUGUCUAUAAUAAUCCUGUCAGAGGAUAUUUAGUUUGAUUAUAUAGGUAGGUAUUCAUGUGGGGUCAAAGACUUGUAACCCUUGACACCCAUUAGAUCUGUAUGAAAGCCAAUUAAAGUCAUGAAUGAGAAGAACAUUCCCAACAUAUCCUGUCAUUUUAAGCAAAGGGAGCAAAUCUUCUUCAUUGCAAUACUCAGUGAUUUUGCAAUAUUUACUUAUAAUUGACACAAGAAAAUAUUUGCAAAAGUAGCAAUUUCAUCAACUCUUUCUAGGAUCUGUGUGCUAAGAUGACAAACCUUUGGUUUAAUUCAUAGCCCUAUAAGCAAGUGGCAAACUUUCAUCUUUCAUUAUUGCUGGGAUAGAUAUUCUAAUGGUAAUGGGGAAGAGAUGUUUCUGAGAAGAAAAAGGCUUGGCAACAGCAUAUCUUUUCAGUCACUGAAUCUUGGGGGUAACCAGUGACAUUAGGAUUAACUUCUGAAUUGAAACAUAAGAACAAAUUAUAAGAUAAGAUCAUUUAGUACAACCUCUGUUUUACAGAUGGAUAAAGUGAAGCCCAGAGGGGUGAAAAGACUUGUUCUCAGUCAUAAAGGUAGUAAAUAGAAGACCCCUAAUGUAAAACCAGUCCCAAUUGAUCCAAUAUUUUCUUCUCAUUGAACCACACUGCCUGAGGCAGUACAAAAAGUAUCUUUUCUCAGUUCAAAUAGAUCUUAAUCUAAAUAAUGAUCUAUGGGUCAAUGUUUCUUUAAAUGACUUUUUUUUUUAAUUUUAGGAACAGAAAUUGUACUAAUCCCCAGUCUAAAAAAAAAAAAAUAAGGCUUUUAAUAUAUUAAAACUUAAAAGGCCUGAUUUAGAUCACUAAUCUUACUUUGGGAUCCAUCUUCGGCUCCUGAAUGGUGCUUAGAAGAAUUGAUUGAAGCAUGUAGUAUAAAUCUAGGAACUUUAUUUAUUAUCAUCAAGAACUCCCCAGAUACAAUUCACAGAAACUUAAGAAUUCUGGGGGACAAUCCAGACGACUUGAUUUAGAAGGUCAUGGCUUUUGGUGUUUGGAUUUUUUUUUUUUUUUUUUUUGGUUUAUUUGUUUGCAAGAAAUGUGAGAUCCUGAGCUUUUCUGAGGCCUGCCCUUUUCUAUGACCAGUUUCCAUUGGGGAAGAGUUUUGGGAAAGGUCAUCUGUACCUGAGCUUCAAGGGGCAGGUGCCCUGAGGCAUGCUGGAGCAAUUACCUAUCACCAAUCCACACUUUUGUUAAGUAAUUGAAGUUUCAAAAAUUAAUGCUUAGAGCCCAAAUCCAAAUGUUAUACAUCUCAAAAAUAGUACUUGAAUGCAAAACAUGGAUUCUAUAAAACCUGGAAAUUUUGAAGUAAUUCUGUAUUAAUCCACAAGAUUUUUUAAAAAAUGGACUAAUGGUCCUUUAAAGCUCCUGGUUUCAAAAUGAUUGAUGUAAUGAUCUUAAAACCUUUCAAAGAAUAUCUUUUGUACACUUGGCAUGCUCCUGGAUAUAAACUCAUGUGAUACAGGAAAAAAUGGUUACCAACAAAACAUCUAGGAGGAGGGGAAAGAAGGCGUCUGGAGUUCCAGUGUAUUGGAAAUCUUUUCUAUCAGGACAUCAGUUGUAUAACUUUAUGGCUUUGGGGAGUGUCUAAGGGCAUUGAGAGGUUAUAUCACUUGCUCAAGGUCACUGAAUUAUAAGGGAGGGACUUGAAUCCAGGACUUACUUACUCAGACCACUUCUCUGUCCACGGAUCUGCAUCCCUGUCACCAGUGAAACUCUGGCUUCCUUGAUCACCAGCAUAAGGGAUGCAAAGAAUGUGUGAGAUUGCUUGUACAGAUUUUAAAUGUAUGUGAAAGAUCCCAGGGCCCAGAUGAAUGAACACAUCUUAAGCCUCUUACUACCCCUCUUCUUUCCCUCACUUUCCAUUUUCUUUAUAGUCCUUUCUGAUCAUCCCAGGAAUGAGAAGGUCACAUGAAGAAAGUGCAUUUUAAGUGCUUUGCUCUUGGUAGGAGAUAAUUAGAAAGGGGGAAGACAAAGAAAGAAAGGCAAUUCCAAACCACCUUACUUACUAAAUCAGUGGUUUCUUUUCUUAGAGUAAUAGUGCAUCUUCCAUCCAACUGUUCUUUUUAGGAGGUAGUAUGUGGAAGUAGGGGAAUGGGGGGAAAGGGUGUCUAAAAAAAAGUCCUACAACUCCCUUAGUUACAUGGUCUUUAAGACCUUUAAGAUCUAUUAAAGACAAGGACAGUCUUUAAGAAACUCAAAAGCACACAGUCUCAGUCUAAAGAAAAACCACCACUGUGGUGUCAAUAACUCAACAGCACUUGUGUCUGACCAGAGGGUGAAUUCUAUGUCACUCCUUCAGAUCUUAACUGAAGGAUCGUUAAGUCUUGAUGUGUUUGGUGUUGCCUAUUUGCUUUGCUGUUACCCAUUUUUGCUACUAAACUAAUCCAAAGGACUUAUAAAGCCUGCACUUAUCUGAAACUAUCUGAAAAGUAGUAUAAGGAGGGAAAGAACUUUCCAGUCAUCCCAAAAACCACACUGGAUUUGGGACAUAUGGGCCAAAACACUUUCCUGAAAAAAAAAUCAGCAACUUUCCAUUAAAAUAUCUAUACCUGUUUUCCCUUUCUAAAAAAGACUUAACAGAAAUACAGUUUUUGCUUUGGCAGGUAUGUAUAUACUUGUUCAGAAAGGCCUAAACUUAGGCCAGUGACAGAGUUUGGGAGCAGGCCUAUACCUACCUAACCUUCUCACCUCUUUCUCACUUUUUAAAGUUCAUUACCUGCACCUCAUUUGCUUAAUGCUGGUAGUUAUUAGCAAAUGUUCUUCCAUCUUCUCAUUCCUUAGCUCUUUAAUUCAUCAUUCAUUUCCUUGAGAACUAGCUUUUCUCCCACUUUAUGGAGAACAUAGCACUUUCCAAUUCCCAUUUCCUGCAGAAACUUAGAAUCAUAGAGAAUGUAAAAAUUGGAAGGGAUACCAGGGGCCACUCAGUGUGUUCCCGAACAGGAAUCCACUGUACAACUUAAUCCCCUGCUCGGGUGCCCACUAGCCUAAGGCAGCCCUCAGCGGCUCUUAGUCCGGCCUGCAUUUUGGAUCUUCCAAUGAGUCCCUGCUGCUAUCAGGACCUGUCUGAAGGAGCUCCAGAGUGGCCACAACCGCCUCUAACUCUUACUCUGGAAAAUGUGGCUCUUCCUUGACUUCACUUCUACUUUGCAAUGUUCGUAUUUUGUUUUGGGCACCACCUUUUGUGUACUUUUAUUUAAGCACUGCAUCUCUGUGAGGUUCAAAUAUACACACACUCACACACACAUGCACCCCCCACACAGAUAUCUUCAAUUAUUGCCAGAGGCAAUGUGUGUGUCUGUCUUUGGCUUGUUGCUGCUACUGCUGCUGCUGCUUUCUUUCCAUGGGUAUGUUAGCUUUCUAUUAAAGUGGUAGGGGCAAGAGUUUGGGUUAGAAAGCAGUUGUCUCCCUUUCAUUCUUUAGCAUUUUGCCUCAUUUUCUUUCUGGGCCAUUUGUAGUGUGGUUGGGAUUAUAGCUAGAUAGAGCAUAUAGACACACUAUACAUAUAUCAUUUCAAAGAAAUCUGCAUGUUAGUAGUUUGUAAGCAACUAAGGUGCCUCAUGUUCUCUGGUCUAAGCAGAAUUAGGAACCUAACCCCUACCCAUUCCCCACCUUGCACUCUAUGCUCCCACCUUUGUCGUGCCUCACUUAAAAUGGUGCUUUUUCAGUUAUUGGUCUCUUCUGUUUUUAUUUGUAAGGUGCUGUAUAUAACUUGAAUAUAUUAUGCACAUAUCCUACCUACCCAAUGGGUAGAAUAAAAAAUGUUAAUACUGUAAAAUAAUGUAUAGGUGAUACCAAUUUUAAAAGAAAUGGCAUAGAAUUUGUGAAUGCCUACGUGCUUUGUCCUCUUUUGUAAGAAAAUUUACAAAUGGAUGCAUACAAAUAAAGUCUAUGUAGUUUAUUUUCCUAUUAAAUAUCAAUAUUAUAACACAUGGAAAAAAUCCAAAAAACAAGUGACAGUUUGACCAGCCUGUGUAUAGAUAGCCAUCAAUUGUUGCACCUUUGCUGUGAAGAUGAUUUUUUUUAAACAAGCAUACACAGCUUUAACGUUACAAUUCAAUGUGUCUCACGUCAGCCACCAUUUUGCUGUUAUGAAGGUGGACCAGUAUUAGCUGCUUUUGUUUUGGUCAGAAGAGAUCUUGUUUUUUUUUCCAACUUGCUUAUCAGACAGAAGAUGUCCCCACCUUGUACUCAUUUGAAAGUGCAAAGCUCUGUGAAAAGUCCAAUGGUUUUGUGUGUGUGUGCAAGUGUGUAUACUUGCACAUAUGCGUGUGCACGUGUGUGUAUGUGUACAUUACUUUGUAAAGAAAUGAAAGAAUAAGGAAAUCAGCCUGUUGUCAAGGGCUUUAUUCAACUAGAAGCAUUUUUGACUGUCUGUGUUACAAGUCUCUCUGUGCCUUUUUCUUUCUCAAAAAAAAAAAAAAAAAAGUAGCUCUGGCUAUUAAGCUUGUGAGCAAUCCACAUAGUUCAUAGAGAAAGAAUACCUCAGGAAAAACAGACUUUUAUUUUAGAGUACAGAUCCCAUUCUUAAUUUAACUGAGAAUUUCUGCAAAAUCCUUCCUUCCCUUCCCCCAUCCAACCUCCCAUCCCCCAAUCUUUAGGAGGGAGUUAGCCAGAACAGUCAAAUGAAGAGUUUGUCUACAGUGGAAACCAAGAGCCAACAGGCCUCCUCUCUGUUCCUGUUGGCUUCUGGUAGGAACCACAACACAUAAUAGUCAACUGUUGAAUAGAUAGGUCAGAGAUAAUAUUAAGUCUUGGCUGUAGCUAAAUGUUCAAUUAAGUCUCACAGCAUGCAACAGUAGUUGAGUGUGCAAGGUGGCUCCAUUCUGAAAGUUAGACUAUAACCUUGGCACAUUUAGCUUCAAUUCGACUAUUUACCUUAAUGUCAUUAAAGAGAAAAACCCUCAGAUUCCCACUCAACUGUAUUUAUUAGAAUCUUCAUUAGGAUUUAAAGCCUCUGAUGCCAGGUGCUAUCUAUUGUAUCCUGGACAUGUCCUUUCUGAUUUUAUUUCAUUGAUUGGUAAUAUACAUAGUUUUUCUGUUUUCACAAUUUCUCCUUUAGUCUCCCAGAGGACAUGUUAAUUCCAGAGUUUUAUUUUCAUUGUGUUAUUUUUCUAAAGUGUCCACUUCUGAAAAAUUUCUAAUGAAAAACAAAAACUUUUACUGAGUAAUUGUACAAAAAACCCCAAUAGCAUCACCACAAAACUUUCCUCAUAUGUUGAAUGGACCAAAAAAAAAUUUUUUUUUAAUUAGUGAUGCUUUGAAAGAAUAGUGAAAAAAGAAUGUCUAACAAGUAUCUGAAUGGACCUGAAGUCAAUUCACAGUUUUUUGGUUUACUCUGUGCUAUACCCUGUCAUCAAUGCUUUAAGAGAAUUCUAUAGUAACAGCUUCAGCCACAUUACUGCUGAAUAGUCCAAAACACAAGGCUGAUCCUACUCAUUUUUAUCCAUACAUUAGAAUAGUUAAAAACUUUUUUGGGAGUUAUGUGUGUGUGAGGAGAAAUUGUUGCCUGACUAUCUGAAAGCCAUCACGAAAAGCUCAGGAUCCAGAGAUACAAGAUAGACAAAAACCAGAGUUUACUUUUACAAUAUUACUUCCUUGUACCACACUGAUCUAAUUAGGAUUUCAAUUUUGCUGUUGAGACAUUCAUUUUUAACCUGCUUUGUUGGUAUAGGACUGUUGUACAUUUCAUGGCUUUCAAAAAUCACAUUCUCAGAGUAUAUACUUGUCUAGUUUAAAGCUAUUUGAAACGAUGUAAAGUACUAUCCGCCCGCAUUUAGUUCAUUUAAUUUUUAUUAUAAAACAAAUCUACUAAUAAAACGUUUACACCUGUAUUGGAACUUUUCCAUAGUUGUUCAUGUGAGCUCUAAUGACUGGCCUCUGUUAAAGUCUUAUGUUUCCUUUAACAUACCCUUUUGUGGUUUCUUUUUCCGCCUAACUCCCCAUUAUAUGCAGGAAGAGAUUUCCAACUGUUGUGUUAUCUGCCUCUUUUAACUGAGCAAUGGUGAUGUAGUUCUUAGACCUAAGGUCUGUAACUGCAAUACUUUUAAAGAGACAUGUUGCUCUAAAUGCUGUUUGUUAGUGAUGAAAUACAGAUUUUUCUGCUUGUUCUUGAUGCUGUGGUCAAACCAUGGCACAAAAUAAUUAAAAAAAAAAUCAAUGCUA